CCCCGCUUCCCCGCUCUGCCCAGCACCACCUACGGCAACGUCCUGGUCCUGGACGGGGUGAUCCAGUGCACGGAGCGGGACGAGUUCUCCUACCAGGAAAUGAUCGCCAACCUGCCCCUCUGCAGCCACCCCGACCCCCGCAAGGUGCUGAUCAUCGGUGGCGGCGACGGGGGAGUGCUGCGAGAGGUGGUGAAGCACCCAACCGUGGAGUCCGUGGUGCAGUGCGAAAUCGAUGAGGAUGUGAUCCAGGUAUCUAAGAAAUACCUCCCAGGGAUGGCAGUGGGAUAUUCCAGUGCUAAGCUGACCUUGCAUGUGGGAGAUGGUUUCGAGUUCAUGAAACAAAAUCAAGAAGCCUUUGAUGUGAUUAUCACGGACUCGUCUGACCCCAUGGGUCCUGCAGAAAGCUUAUUCAAAGAAUCUUACUACCAGCUGAUGAAGACAGCCCUGCGAGAAGAUGGGAUUCUUUGCUGCCAAGGUGAGUGCCAGUGGCUGCACCUGGAUCUCAUUAAGGAGAUGCGUCAGUUCUGCAAGUCUCUGUUCCCUGUUGUGGAAUACGCCUAUUGCACCAUCCCUACAUAUCCCAGCGGGCAGAUUGGCUUCAUGCUCUGCAGCAAGAACCCAAACACAAAUUUCCGGGAGCCUGUACAGCAGCUCUCACAGCAACAAGUAGAGGAGAGGAGUCUGAAAUACUACAACUCUGACAUUCAUCGGGCAGCUUUCAUUCUGCCAGAGUUUGCACGGAAGGCCCUGAGCGAUGUGUGAGACUGAGAAGCUGCUUCCUUCCUUCAAGUUGGACCCUGAGAUCGUCAGUGAUGUGGCUGGGACCUUCCCAGCAGACUGCAGAUUUGCUCUCCACUGUGUGGGAUUGUUUAACCCUUUGCCAGCCAACAUUCCCUUUGAUGAUGUGUUAAAGAUGAUGGGGCAUAAGCCAGAUAAGACUAUUGAAAAGGUCCAGUGACUUAUUGCGUGAGGUCAAAACUGUUCUUUCCAGUGCUGGAAACGUAAGAUGUCUUUUUCCUUUCUCUCCUCCCUGCACCCAUUCUAAAUUCUCCCCUCCCUGUGCCCCCCCUCCUACCUCCACCCCCUACAACUGACAUGAUGUAUUUAUAACUGACAUGUAUUUCUGUCUGGUGAUCUUCUGAAACCUGGGAAGAGUCCAGAAGGGUCACUGACUCAGCCUUAAGCACAGAGAGCGAGAGCUUUGUGCGCAAAGUUAGCUUGCUCUCUCCUCAUAGGAGCUCCCUGCUGCUGAGACGUUUUGACUGGUAAUGGGUCUGAGCCUUCAUGUCCCACUGCCCU